AUGAAGGACGACUCAGACAGCGAGGAUGACACCAAAGAACUUAAGCGCCAGCUUAAUAAGACUAAUAGCAACUUUAAGGUAAUGCGCGAAAUAUUCAACCAGAACGCAGCAGCCCUCAGCGAACUCCAGGAACAAGCCCGCAAGAACCAAGAUCUAGAGAAAGAAGUCGCCACCCUCCGAGCUGCUGCUAACAAGUUCAACAGCCAGCAGAACGACAACAGACCCUGCAACAACUGGAACAACACCCGCCAGAGCACCACCUAUAGAUAA